AUGUCAGAUACAUUAGAAAUAAGAGACAACUACAUCAUAAAAUAUAGUGAAAGCAACAAAAUAGGAAUGGGGGCAUUUGGAGAAGUAUAUAAAUGCCGAAGAAAAGAUGGUUCUGAUGAUGAUGAUUCAUUAUGCGUAAAAUUAGUCUAAAAAGAUAAAGCCAUAAUGAAAUAACAACAAUAAGGAUUGACGAUAUAGAAGUUAUUAAUAAAUCUUAAACCAGAAAGGCUUGUACGUAUCGAGAAUUAUUUAAAUUUGCCUCAUCAAUUCGAAAUAAUUAUGGAAAGAUGUGAUAUGGACUUAGAAAAAGAGUUUCAAAGUUUACUGAGAUAAAAGUAAUGGUAUAAUCUUGACCAAUGCUUAAAUAUUGUUCAUUAGAUUGCAGAAGGAUGUCGUAUAUUAUAUGAGCAUAAUAUUGUUCAUAGAGACAUUAAACCUUCUAAUAUCCUGGUGAAAGUGGAAAAUAAGAAGUAAAUUAAUGAAAGGAAGGUGUAUAAAAUUACCGACUUUGAUUUUAGCAAAAUCUUGGAAGCCUUUCACUAACCUAAUGCUUUAAUCACAAACGUUGGAACCGCAACUCAUUCCUCUCCUUAAAUAACUUUCAAUAACUCAGGGAAAGGUUAUUCAGGAAAAUGCGACAUUUAUUCAUACGGAACAUUAUUCUAUUAAGUAUUUUUUGAAGGAAAAUUACCAAAUACUUAAAUAAAAUAAUAGCGACAAUAAUCUUGUAAAGACAAUGAGCUAGAAAACAUCAGAUUAUUCUAAAAGGCUAUAUAAACAUAAAAGUUCAAAUGCAAUCCUCCAAAAUACGAUCGCGCUUAGGAAAUAGCUGAUCUAUUGGACAAGAUGAUUGUUUAUGAGGAAGAGGAAAGAAUUUCAUUUGAUCAAUUUUUUCUACAUCCCAUAGUAAAUCUAGAAGAAUAUGAAAUUUUCAAAAUACAAACAGUUCAAUUUAGAAAAUAAUAGUUUUAUAAUUCAAUUUGGAAAAAGUAUUAGAAUUAGAACGACAUUAAUACAAUAACUUUCAUACUAUGCUUAUAAUAAUUAGGAUAUUAGGAGCUUCUUUACUGCAUGGGAUUUAUCCAUAGUAUUAUUACAGAUAUUCACCCAUCCUAUAAAUUAAAAAAAGAUAUCACUACCAUCUAGAGAAUUUUAUCAUAAUGUGCUAAAGAUAUCAAUUUUUAUCCUAUGUACUAGAAAUAAACGAUGGAAAUAAGAAAAGAAUAUUUUUAAAUGAAGGAAAUAUUGAACUAAUAAGAAUUAACAUUCCUGCAAUUGAAAUAAAAGAUAUCUCCAGAUGAUUAAUAAAUUCAACCUCAGAUGGUGUUGCCGCUGCAAGAAGGAAAAAGAAUUGAACCUCAGUUAAUAUUUGAUACAUUGAGGUCUCUAUUGGAUCAAAAUUUAUAUGAGGACUUAAAAUCCGAAAUUAGGAAGGUAUUAUAAUUUUAAGAAAAAUACCCAUAUGAAAAAUAUAGAGAAGUAAAUCCAGAUGAGAUUUUCAAAAUGGACAUAUCAGUUUGA